AUGCACUCUCGUACAGUCACGGGCGCUGCUCCCGCGCCCGCGCCUGAGAAUUCGACCAAUUUAGUCAACGCUGCUAGCGCUGAUGCCACGGGCCUGAGCGCCUCCAGAAAAGAUGGCAGAGACAAGGCCGACGUGAAGUCGGAGAAGGAGUUGGACAAGGAGCGCAAGAAGGCAGACAAGAACGCCAAAUUCCAAGCGAAAAAGAAGGCGCAGCCCGGGCCCCCGGGCUCGGCGGGCAACAAAAAAGACAAAAACGACAAAAAGGACAAGAAGGACCAGAAGGACAAGGAUGAGGGCGUCCUUCCUGCCUACGUCGAGGAGACGGCCAAGGGCGACAAGAAGAUGCUGAAGAGCUUGGAUGACCCGUACCACAAGGCAUACAUGCGCGCCGUUGUCGAAAGCGCAUGGUACGACUGGUGGGAGAAGGAGGGCUUCUUCAAGCCCGAGUUUACCCAAGACGGAGAGCCCAAAGCAAAGGGCACUUUUGUGAUUCCCAUACCGCCGCCCAACGUGACGGGGAAGCUACAUUGCGGCCACGCUCUCGCCACGUCCCUGCAGGAUCUCCUGGUCCGAUGGCACCGAACGCAGGGCUACACGACCCUCUACCUCCCCGGCUGCGAUCACGCCGCCAUUCCCACACAAGCUGUCGUUGAGAAGAAUGCUUUGGCGCCAAGAGAAGAAGACGCGACAUGA